ACGGACGGACGGGAGAGGGAGUGCGCUGGAGAUAAAACGGCCUGAUGCCACGUCAUCGCCAGGUAAGCGGAGAGAGAGUGAAUCAGGAUGGUGUUUAACGGGAGGCUCAUUCUCUCCUUGGCUCUGUCGAGUACAUCGUCACUGGCGGUAAUCAAGCCCACUAUCAAGAAGCAGAGAUAUGUGGAAGAGCAUAUUAAAAACAACAUCGCUACAAGGUCCUCAUCAUGUUGUUUCGGUUGUAAUCUUUGGGUUGUAAUCUUUCGAUUGUAAGAUCGACGGCCCUCAUCAUGUAGAGCCCAGGGUCUUAAGAUCGACAGCGCUCACGACCCUACGACCAACGUACGGAGCUUCCACGAACCUACAACCCUACUACAUAUGCUAGUCCAGUAGUAGUUUUCUUUGAAAGCCAUCCCGUGUUCUCUUUCUUUAGAGUGCUAAGCCAAGCUUCUCUUCACACUUCCCUACGUGAAAGAAUGCAGCGAUUUAAAUAUCUACUCCUCACGUUAACUCUGCUGCGGCGCUAGUAAUUCACCAGGAAUUACCACUGAUGCCCUCAGAGCUGUCCACUUCUUUCUACGCUAAUACUUGUCCCGACUUCCCCCAGAUAGCUAGAAGCGUGAUUCGCUCUGAGUUUGCCAAUGACAGCCGAUCCUCUGCAUCCAUCCUCAAGCUCCACUUCCGUGAUUGCUUUGCUCAAGGCUGUGACGGAUCGCUGCUCCCCCAGGUAGGAGAUGGACGCUCCACCAAGGGACUCAAAAUCAUCAACAAUAUCAAGCGCGCCGUGGAGACUUCAUGCCCGGAAACUGUAUCAUGCGCCGACAUUCUUGCUCUGAGCGCCCGGGAAUCCGUCAUAGCCCUUGGUGGCCCGUCAUGGACAGUAGAGUUUGGCCGACGGGACAAUCCCAGCUCCACGAGCGUCGCUGCCGCGGUGGACGCCAUUCCCAGCCCAAAUCUCACCGCAACGCAGCUCAAUGAGAGAUUCCAAAAGCGGGGCCUUUCCAAGCGUGAUCUCGUAGCGCUCUCAGGAGGCCAUUCCAUCGGCCAGGCCCAGUGCUUCACAUUUAGCGCCCGCCUCUUCAACGGAACCACAGGGGAUAGCAUCGAUCCGGCCCUCAAGUCCCGACUCGAGAAGAAUUGCCCUCCAACAGCCCCAAACAGAUUGAACAAUUUGGAUCCCUCCCCCACCACGUUCGACAACUUGUACUUUCGAGCUGUCCAAGCGAAUCAGUCGCUCCUCUUCUCAGACCAGCAGCUGUUGCAGAGUGAUCUGGCGGGCUUUGUCAAGGAGUUUGCGGACAAUCAGAAGGCAUUUUGUACUGCCUUCGCCAAUGGCAUGAUCAAAAUGGGUAGGCUCUCGCCUCUCACGGGAGGACAUGGUGAAAUUCGAGCCUCGUGCUAGUUUUGUUUCCUAUACAUCUAUUAUUUAUAAUUCGACAUCUCGUUUCACCUCU